AUUCAGUUACCACUCAUAGACCGCGGCUCGCCUCCCCUCCGCUCCACCGUCCCUUGCAUUUCUUCGCCGAUUCCUCCUCGUCGCCCUCCCCUCCCCUGGCGACCUACCAUCGCCGCCCCGCCACCGCCGUGCCGCCGGCGGCCUCGCUCCAGACCCCUCCCUCCCCCCGCCUCCCACGCGUAUCCGUCGCCUCCUCCGCCUCCCGCAUCGCCGCGACCCCGUCCGAUCCCGAGCUUGUUUGAGCAUCCGUUCGUACAAUAUGUCGGAGAAGCCAUCUGAUGAGACGACCGGUCAGGUGAGGCCUGAAGGAGAUGUUUCUGAUGUGAAAGUGGAAACUGCCGACCAGAAUAAAGGAAAUGAGAUGCCAUCAGCACAGCAGGAGGAAGCAGUAAUCAAGAAAAAGUAUGGAGGAGUACUGCCCAAAAAGUCACCACUCAUAUCCAAGGACCAUGAGCGAGCUUACUUUGAUUCUGCUGAUUGGGCUCUGGGAAAGCAAGGAGGACAUCCUCAAAAGCCUAAAGGCCCGCUUGAAGCACUUCGACCGAAAUUACAGCCUACCCAGCAGCAAGCCCGUUCACGACGAUUCCUUCAUGCAUCUACUGACAGCGACGAGGGUGCCAACUCGCCUACGGAGGCUACAACCCUGAACCAGGAGUUCACCGAGGAGGCCAAGGCAGCCGAGAACAAGGAAUCCACCGAGUAGCUCCCAUGUCCUUUUUUGAACGGAACUCUGCCAUUUGCUAUGCCCAUGCCGUCUCGUUGCUCUAGUAAUAAGAACUGUGGGCGCCCUGUAACCGCUCGCUGAAUUUUGAACUGAAGUGUCGCAGACAUGCCGUUAUCCACCGCGCUAUGCCAUUCCAUGGCUGUUGAUGCCUGUAACAGUUCGGUAUGGGAUCGGGAACAUUAUGAUGUCGCACCGAGUGUCGUCCGGGUCGGACAGAAUAAAAGCAUGAGCCUGAAACUUAUACUA